AUGUAUGGGAUGCUAAAUGCCCGUUCAAAUUUCUCAAUACCUACUGUAACAAAAUGGAAAAAUAUUAACAAAUACGGAUUUGUUCAUAAAAUUGGGGAUUAUAAUUAUCAAACAAAUGAUAAAAUUAACAUUUUUCGACGAUCAAAUAGUUAUGCAAUAAAUUAUAAAUUCAAAGUAAACCCCAUUAAGGCUAAAAAAAAUAAAGACAUUUAUUUUUUGGGGAUGCAAAGCAAUAGAAAUGAAAAAUUAAAUGAAACAAAAUGCGGUGGAGGAUGUGGUGCAUGUAGUUCUAAAGACACCAUAAAUAAAUUCGAAACAAAUGAUAGCACUGAAAAGGAGGAUGAAAAAAAUGAUAGUAAAAUUUUGUAUUUAAUAAACCCAAGAGGGUUUUGUAAAGGAGUAAGUCGAGCAAUUGAAACUGUUGAAGAAUGUUUGAAAACAUUUAAAACUAAUAUAUAUGUAAAACAUAAAAUUGUCCAUAAUGAUAUAGUUUGUAAAGAUUUAGAAAGUAAAGGAGCUAUUUUUAUUGAAGAUUUGAAUGAAGUACCAGAUGGUAGUAUAUUAAUUUAUUCUGCACAUGGAAUAAGUCCCCAAAUUAGGGAACUAGCUAAAAAAAAAAAAUUAAUAGAAAUCGAUGCAACAUGUCCAUUAGUUAAUAAAGUACAUGUUUAUGUUAAAUUAAAAGCAAAAGAAGGAUAUAAAAUUAUUUUAAUAGGAUAUAAAAAUCAUGUUGAAGUUAUAGGUACAUAUAAUGAAGCACCUGAUUCAACAUAUAUCGUGGAAAAUGUUGACCAAGUUAAUAAUUUAAAUUUUCCAGAAAAUCAAAAAUUAUUUUAUGUAACACAAACUACAUUAAGUAUAGAUGAUUGUUCAUUAAUUGUUAAUAAAUUAAAAGAAAAAUAUUCACACAUUGAAACAAUACCAAGUGGUUCUAUAUGUUAUGCUACAACAAAUAGACAAAAUGCUCUCAACAAAAUUUGUACAGAGUGUGAUCUUACUAUAGUAGUAGGUAGCCAAUCUUCUUCAAAUGCAAAAAAAUUAGUUUAUUCAUCACAAAUAAGAAAUACAGAUGCUAUAUUAGUAAAUACAGUUAAUGAUUUUGAUUUUUCCUCUCUUAAAAAUGUGAACAAAAUAGCUUUAACAUCUGCUGCAUCAACCCCAGAUGAAUUAACCCAGCAAUUUGUCAAAGUACUAACAAGCCCACCUUAUAAUUAUAAAUUAAACAUUUUUGAUGGUGUUGAAGAAAUUGUUCCUAAAUGGAAACUCCCUAAAGAACUUAUAAAUAUGAUUAAGCAAAAAAAUGAAGACCAAACAAAACCAAACUCCUAG